GCAUGCAUGUGUGCAGAUCUGACUAGCUGCUGUCCAUCCCAACUACCUCGAGUCUAGAGCCAUCCACUUGGGGUCAUUGAUGGUUGAGCCACCAGUCCAGCAGAGGAAGCCAUCAUCCGCCAGCUCCAAAGUAUUCUCUCGGCCGUUUUACACUCCCAAGGUACUUGACACCAUGAUAACCAACCUCACCUUCACUUAGGUACGGAUACAAUGUGAAGCUCCUUUCGAUGAGAAGCCAUGUCUGACCUUUUUUCUGUAGCGUCCUUCAGAACUCCAGUUGCUGUGAGGUACCCGUACUCCGUACCCCUGCCAGCCCGCCUAUCCGCCCAUCACCAUCCAUGGCGGUUUACCCUGCACCUGCACUUCCACACUUCCCAAUUGCGACCCUGGACCAGCCCAUCGUCGCUAGAAGCCUUAGCUCGCCUGGGUCUGGCAACUCAACCGGGGCUCCUCGCUCUCCGAUUCGCAAAUCUCCAUAUCUACUCCCCACGAUCCCCUCCUCGCCUCCUUCUCUCUCCUCUUCACCUCACAUCAUCACUUUACGUGACCUCACCGACCUCCACCCUCUUCCUCCUCCUCUUCCCCCGGGGUGCAUCUCAUCCUUUUUCAAGAGUUGCUUUCCCCUUGCUCGCCUUUUUAUUUUUGUCUUUGGUCACAGAUAUAGACAGACAGCAGAACCUCUCAUCGCUUCUGCUAGUCCCUUGUCCUUGGCCUUUCACCCUUGCACUUGUCUCAUUGUCUUGCAUCGUGUCUCUGCCGCUGCACGCCCACGCCGCCCUCGAUCAUCCGCCCCUCUAUUCCAUUGUCUCACCCUUGGUUCGACCGGCCCGCGUCCAGCAUUUCAGAACCACCAGCCAAGCCCACUAUCAAAAGAUUACGCAUUCCUCUCGUAAACGACCUGACUCCUGACGGCUCUCCGUCCAACUUCUACCAGCCUUCAAUGCGCUCAACUUAAUCCCUAAUAUCAUAAUCUGUCCGAAAUCGCGGAGUCUGGUACCCGCUUGCUUGCUCGAGCUUGCCUUUGCCGAAAUCGACUGUGUAGCGAAUCACUUUGCGUCCAACGUCUUUCGAUUGUCAAUCAGCCAUCAUAAGCUACCUUCGGCUUAUUCACCACAUCAAGCACUGUUGAAUCACCACCAGACCUUAACUUGAAAACGCCUACGUUACCCCUCGACAGCUUUACGUUUCGUCUCUUUGUAUCGCGAGUUCGUUGUAUCCGUACCGAGCGUCACUCCGACUUGCCAGCCACAGCUA